UUUCCAAAUUGCUUUGUUCGUAAUCUCUUGGUCGGCUGACAAGGGUUGUUUACAUUUGGACAUUGCCUAUAAUCUUUUUGCAUCUGGUGAUUUGUGAUAACGGAUUAAGUGAUUACUGCUUAUAUUUGUUUACAGAAAUAAUUAGUGAAUAUAUUUUUAACAGUAUUAAUGACAUAGCAUCGUUUAUUUCUCUAAUUUAUAGUUUUUAAUGAACCGGAAGUUGACUGUCAUUGUGUCGGCGAAACUUCAAACAAAGAAUAGAGACAUCAAUAUUAGACCGAUCUUCUAGAAGAUGCCACGGGGAGGUGUAUUGGAAAAUAGGGAAUUUUGUACAGCUAUUGUGAAACAAGAGCCAGAGUUUAGCAUCGAAUCUUCACCCCAGAUCUUAAAUUUAGCCAGUAUUUAUCGCCAACCUUUGAGUGCAACUAAGGACACGCAAGCAUAUUACCAGAGUACCUACACUAUACAACAGGGUGGCCACACCCCACGGACAAUCUGCCUCAGUCCAUUAGGACUAGUUGAGGAUGUGAAACCGUCAUUUGGAAAACAGGUGAAAAGAAAGUUAGACCUUGAAGCUGAGACUAUUAUAGAAGGCUUUAAAACUCCAGCAAAGAGAUGUAAAGGAAGAAGAAAGACCUCUGAUGCUAGUCCUAAAGCACGAUCUCCGCUUGAGAAGACAAGAUAUGACACAUCUUUAGGUCUUUUGACCAAGAAGUUUGUUGGAUUACUUAGGAAUGCUACAGAUGGGGUGCUGGACUUAAACAGGGCCGCAGAAUAUUUAACUGUACAAAAGAGACGUAUUUAUGACAUAACCAAUGUUCUAGAGGGGAUUAAUCUGAUCGCCAAAAAGUCCAAAAAUAAUAUUCAAUGGAAAGGAUGUUCAAAUUCUAUAGCAGCAAAUCCUGAUACACCAGCUUUCUCUACAGAAAUUGUAGACUUGCAUUCAGAUGUAGCUGAUUUGGAAGCCAAGGAAAAUGAACUUGAUCAUCUGAUAGCCACCUGUACUAAACAGUUAAAGAUGUUGACAGAAGAUGCACAAAACUCAAAGCAUGCAUAUGUAACGUACCAAGAUUUGAGAAGUAUUAAAUCUUUGGACAACCAAACAGUGAUAGCCAUUAAAGCUCCACCAGAGACCAGGUUGGAAGUGCCAGACCCUCAACAGAGUAUACAGAUAUGGUUAAAGUCUCAGAAAGGUCCCAUAGAAGUGUAUUUAUGUCCUGAAGAAGCUAACGGAGAAAAUUCUGAUACGACUGGUACUGUUAGUUCCAGUAGUGAAGAUGAGAGCCGAUCAAGUUUUUCUGCAUCAGAAGAUUCACGAUCAUGUGAUGACUUUAAAUCACAACAACAUGUGGCAACCAUUCAAAGACAGAUAAAACAAGAACCGGGUACGUUUCCGUCCAGUGUUAAAAAUGCAUUAUUAGAAGACCAAGACAUUUCUCCCGAUUCAUUCCAAAAUAUUUUACCACAGACGGAAGACCAGGACUUCUUUUCAAUAGAACCUCCAGUCAGUUUGGACGAUUACCUGUUUUCUAUGGACAGUAGUGAAGGCAUAUCAGAUUUAUUUGAUGCGUACGAUUUUGAUAUACCAGUUCUUGUAUAGCGAUCGGUGUGAAUUUGAAAUCUGUUUCCACGACAACAAAUGGAAAUAAGAGCCUGUUCUCAGUCGGACAGCAGUAAGAAGAUGUAUUAAUUAUAUAAGAAAUCAUGUAAAUUGAUAUAACUAGAAAUGUACCAAGUUUAAAAUAUAACAGUAUGUAUAAGGUACCUCAAAUUCAAAUGAAUUAAACAAUUGUGUAAUUUAUUAAUACCAUUUUCAUUCUAACCUCACAGAACUCUGUAAGUUUGAAAAUUGAAAUUUAAUGUCCUGUCUAAAUGACCUGAACUAUAAAAAAAAUAAUUCUAAAAAUAGGAAAUGCCCAACCUUAAAAGUAAACACAUAAUGGGAAUUAGAACAUCCAUGAACCAUAUUAUCAGCAUAAAUAUUGAUAGUUGUCACUGGAUUUGAUUGGAUUAAACAGUGCUAUUUAUGAAAAGUUAUAUAUUGUUGAAAGUCUCUGUUGAUCCCAGUCAGAUCAGUGACGGGUACUCACGUUUUCUAAAUAAGAGAAGUGUUCGUGUUAAUAUACGUUCAGAAUCAUCCAGUUAUUUUGAUCCUCUUUGAUGAGGCUUUAUAAUUUCUUGUUAAAAACACCAGUGGGUCACUGGUCUUGUUGGAUUUUAUUGUUAAAUUUUUCAUCAAGUUAAUAUUAAAUUAUGCUUUUGCAGUUUUUCAUAUUUUUCAUUUUGCAUAUUUUGAAAAUUUUCUUUUUUCCUUCAUUUCAUUGACAGAGGUUAUAAAAAUAGUUUAGGGUCAAGAUAUGGAAUGUAUUUUUUUUUCAAAUGGAAACCUUUAAGUUCAUGCAAUUUUCUUGAAUACUUGUAAGAAAAAACUCAUAAUUUUCAGAUAAUGCAAAUAAAAAAUCAUUUGUCAGAACUAUUAAAAAAAUCGUGGACUUGAUCACAAAGAAACCUUUGAUUUUCAUAACUUCACAUUCUUUUGUUUUGAUUUGAGUUUGUUUAUUUAAGUUAAGGGCUGUUCCAGAAAAUACUAUGUCCCCCCUCCCCCAGGGAAGGCAAUUUUUUAAAAAUAUUAUGUGGGUGGUUGUAUUUGAAAUACCAAAAUGCAAAGGGAGUGCUGUUCUAAUUAAAUUUUAUUUCUGUGGGUGGUGGGGGUUAAAAAAAAAGUGCCAUCCCUGGGGGGGACAUAGUAUUUUCUGGAACAGCCCUAAGCAUUAUGCAAUUACAACUCAAUGUAAACAAGAUUCAUUUGCUGCAAUCAAAUUUUUUUAAAUCAUAAAAAUUAUCUUUUUCAUUGUAUAAAUUCAUCCAUUCAUUUAAUAGCGCUUGCCAACUGUGCAUCGUUAUGUGUUCAGAUUACUGUUAAUUUUUAAGUUUCUAAUUACCGAAAGUGUUCUUGAAUAUAUAUGAAGUAUAUUUUUCACCAUGUGUUCAGAGUAAUGUUUAUAUUCAAGUAUAUAUUACCGACUGUGUUCUUAGAUAUAUGAAGUAUAUUUUUCACCAUGAUGUGUUCACCUAGAUAUAUUUUUAUACACAUUUUUUUAUUGCCACAAGUGUUCAUUUUUGGUGUAGUUUAACUUUUUGAUGUGUGAAAAUGGGAAUUUUGAAGUUUGAAUGUAUAUUGAGUUUGCAUAAUGAAACUAAAUGAGAAGUCAUUAAAUGAUAAAAAUAGCAUCAAAUAUUAUCAUUGAUAUCAUAAAACAUCACAUAUUAUCAUCAAUUUCAUAAACAUGAUAAAGGCAAACAAAUAUAAAAAGUUAUUUUCAUUGCAAAAUAUCUUUACAAUGAUGCACCAUUAAAAAAGACGUAUAAUUAUUCAUCAUGAUUCAAGAUUUAGAAUGAUAGUGUAAAUAAUCAUGAUAAUAUACAUAGUUAUCUUCAACCUAAAUGAAAGUAAAAAUCUUAUAAAUCCUUGUAUGUACAUUUCAAUACACACUCUAGUGCUAAAAGUUAAUUACAAAUUGAUUUUGUAAUGAAGCUUUCAUUGCAUACUAUAUAACAUAUAUAAGUAGACAGGAAAUUCAUCAGUUAUAGGACUAACAAACCAUCAAUGAGCUAUCAACUGCUGAGCUGUUUUACAAUAAGAUCUUGGCACACACUAUUUUUUGCUAGCAGCACAAUACCUUGUACAAUUAUAAAGGAAUGACUAAUAUUUUUUUCUGUGUAUGAAGGAAUAACAUAAAGAGUGCUCGUGCACCACAAUUUUUAUGUUAUUUCAAAUAGGCAGAAAAAAUAUUACAGUCAUUCCUUAUAAUCUAAUUCUUUACUCCGUUUUAAACCAAGGUAAAUCAUGAAAAAAAUGUUGAUAAGGUCAUGAUCACAUGACAAAAUUCUGUCUAUUAAAGCUGAUAGAUAAAACAUCAUCGGCCAAUCAGAAGUCGUGUUACAUUCAAAAUUAAAUUAUUGUAUUAUGGGUGAAUUAAUGUAUGCAUGUAGAUAUAAAUCUCAAAUUGAUCAGGAGGGCAAGUUAUAAAAUAGAAUAAAUGUACCUUUGUUUUUGUUAUUAUACAUAAAUAGUGUGCUUCUACAUGUCAGAGAAUCAAGAGCUUAUUAUUUUGUUUAAGCAACAUUUUUAGUUAAUUUUAUUUUAUUGUUAUUAGCUUGUGUGUUAAUCUUUGGAGCUGUGUAUUUUUUUUAUAUAUACAUAUUUAUGUGUUUUCAUUUUCUUUUCCUGAAUAGUUUGUGUCAGAGUUAAAUGUACUACAAUAUCCUGUAAUAAAUUGUCAUUGGAUAGAAUGAUCAAAUUGUAUUUUUGCAUUAUACUUGAUGAACAGGUUAGAAUAUUUUAUUACAGACCAUCAACUCUAAAUAUGCAUGUUACUCCAAUUUGCAAUUUAUAUUUGCUUGAUUCAGCAACUUACCUGAAUAUUUUUAUUUGAAAAACUAGACCAAGCUAAACAUGCAGGGAAGUUACCUUUAGAAAUAAACCUACAAAUACCAUAGUUGUCUAAAUCCCUUUUCCUUGGUGGUCUUUGAAUAAAACCUGUUGGUUCUUGCUAUUAUUUCUAUUGCUAAAGUUCAAAAUCAGUCCUUUGCCUUUUUUGUUAGUCAAAGUAGUCAAAACCUUCAGACUGAUUUUGAGACCUCGUACAAAUCCACACAAAAGUAUCUUGUUAUAUAACAAAGCAUACCUCAUCACAUGUCUUUCAAACUUCUUACCUAGCAUGCCUAGUUAAUUUUUAAAGUAAAAUAGCCUUUUCAGAUUCCUUUAAACUAGUAUGCACAAAGAAUCUAUAUUUAAAUCUGAUUGAACUAAAUCCUGUAUGCUAAUAGACGUAUAGUUUAAGUUUUCAUCAUUGGACGGGUAAUAAUGUGGUAGCAGUCUUUCUGCAUUAUAUAGUAAUCUUCGCUGUUAAUUAAACAAUUGUAAUGUGGAGCUAUUAUCUAUUAACUAUACAAUUGCAAUGUGGAGCUAUUAGAUGUUAACUACACAAUUGUAAUUUGUAGCUAUUAGCUGUUGACUACACAAUUGUAAUGUGGAGCUAUUAGCUGUUAACUACACAAUUAAUUUGUUUGUAAUGUUCAGCUAUUAGCUGUCAACUACACAAUUGUAAUGUGGAGCUAUUAGCUGUUGAAUACAAAAUUGCAAUGUAGAGCUAUUAGCUGUCAACUACACACAAUUGUAAUGUGGAGCUAUUAGCUGUUAAUUACACAAUUGUAAUGUUGAGCUAUUAGCUGUUGAAUACACAAUUGUAAUGUGGAGCUUUUAGCUGUUGACUACACAAUUGUAAUGUGGAGCUAUUAGCUGUUAAGUUCACAAUUGUAAUGUGGAGCUAUUAGCUGUUAACUACACAAUUGGGGUGUUCAGCUAUUAGCUGUUUAUUACACAAUUGUAAUGUGGAGCCUGUAAUUAGUAGGAAUAACACCAUAGCUAGUCAGACAUAUCUUAAUAAAUAACAAAAUAGUAUUUUUUUAAUUUAUAAACAUUUGUUAAGUAGAUGUAGGUUUAUAUAUAAUUUGUAUUAUAUAAUAAUAAGUUUAUUUCUGCCUCUCCUGCCCCCUCUUUUUUUUUAAAGAAAGUCCCAUUAUUUCUUCAGUGAUUUUUAAACUGCACCUCGAAAAACCUUAAGUUAUACGCAACAAUGACAUAAUAUGAAUAACCCUUUAGUCCUAAAUUUUAGAUGUUUUCAUUUGUAAAGUCUUGAAUAUGCAUUUAAACAUUAAAGAUUUAUUUUGAGUACUUGUAAGGUGCUAAUUCAAAAGAAUAGAAAAAUUGAUAAGAUAAAGCACAAGAUAUGCAAAAUGUUUUGCUGUUAAAAACUAUGAUUGUGAAUGUUUUUGUACUGUAAUGGAUUAACACACAUUUUUAUUUUUGUUUUUGUUUGGUUUUGAUUUAUUUAUUCUAUAGAUUCACCUGUAUUUUUUUAAUUUAUAUAUUAUAGUUGUUGUGGUUUGCAUGCAAGUUUUUUUGUUCCAAGUUUUCUUCAGACGUUUCUGUUGCAAUGGGGUGGGAUUUUAGUCAAAUUAAACAUAGUACUCGGACCAAAACGUCAUGUUCAAGAUAAAAUUUUGAGUCAACAAGCCCAAAGCUCAAUUUUUUGUGGAAAAUUUUAGUUUAAUUUUGUUGGCUUUCAAGCUUUCAGAGAAGAAUUUUACAAGCCUGAAUGCAAUAUUUCAAGCCUGGGGCGUAGGACUUGAUGUUAAACAUUAAGACUGUUUAUAUUUUAAAUGACUAUAUUGAAGGAUGGGAGAAAUUCCUUUAGCCCUGUUCUACAAAGCCCUUGUUCAAGUGUGAAGACUGUUUCGUCUGUCUUACAUUUAGUUAAACUUUGGCAUGAUUUCAAUUGGCCUUUUCAGAAUAUAAAGCAUCAUGGGUAAUUUCAUUGUUCAUACACCAAAUUGAAAAUAAUUUCACAUCAUUGGUUAAAAUUCCAUUGUUUACUACAUUUUAAGGACCUUUUUGGUGUUCACUUUUGAAAGUAUUACCCAGGAUGCAUUAGAAUUUAAUUUCUAUAAAGGUGAAUCACAUUGUUUACUUUUUAAUGUGAUCAAGACACUCAAAUUCACAAUUUUCAUUUAUAAGUUGGGGGCAAAGAAGCAACAAGAUGUUGAAGAAAACUUUGAAUAGAAAAGAGGUUUGGAGUGAGUAAUGUUGUAGGUAACACAGUUAAUGCAGAUUUUGACCUGCCAAGACCAAGGUUCAUACAGGUCAUACAGAGUAAAUUUCACGAAAUAUUUUCUUCCCUGGUAGUCUGAAGUACUAUUUUAUUGAAAAUACCAAAAUUUGGACAGUCAAGGCCUAAUUCACCACUUUUUUCAAGAAUUCUAGGGAAAUGUUUCUUAUGGACCCUGUUUGGGCUUGAUAUUACACUUAAAAACUUAAUUAUGAGCCACAAUGAAAGACUAGGACAUAUUUAUUGAAAUUUAAAUGAAUUUUGGCAUUGAAAAGUCUUAAAAGUGAUUUGGUCUUGGCAACUUCAGACAAUAUGUGUAUGGUGUAUGGACCCUGGAAAAGAGAAUAUGUUUGGUCAAAAUAGAAUAAACUAUCCUUUGGAUUAUGAUCACAUAUUUUGAGCAAUUUUGAUUGUUUAGAUAAGAAUGAAAAUAAUGUUGUAAUCACACUUUGUAUAAAGACAGACAGAAAUUAAUUCAGAAUAAUUUAACCACAAUUUGUCCUGAAUAAUUCAUGUAAUACUUGUCACUGGAUGUUGAGUAAUUAAUUAAUAAUUCCUGUUCGAAAGUAUCUAUUUUGUUUUAUAUGUCUCAAAAAGAAAUAUACAAUUUUGUCAUUUAUUUAAAUAGUGUUUUGUUUUGUCAACUACAAACCUUGUAAAUACAAAAAUAACGUCGUCAAAUCAACAUGUGAUAUGAAAAACUGUUAGAGGCCUUAUCAUGAUACCAAAAACGAUCACAGAAGUGAAAGAAAUAUAUCAAAACAUAAUAUUCAUUGUUGUUAUGGUGUGGAUGAAGUGUGACUGGUAAUUAUUGUUGUGCUUGAAAUAAAAUUAUUUAACACCUA